AUAGCCCAGGAUAGCCCCGGAACUUUAGAUUCCCACGGCUCCUGCCCUACCACCCAGUGCUGGCAUUGCAGUCAUGGGCCACCAUGCCUGUUUCGGAGGCGCUGACCACCCAGCCCAGGGCCUGCUCCACGCUAGACAUGUGCUCUGUUGAUGGGGCAAUUGUCUCAGCACAGGACACUAUAAAGGCUGUGGAGAAGCAGUCAUGCCUUACCUGCAUCGGUCUCUGAGGCCCCAGCCACACCCAGUCCCUGGGGAUGCCCGGACCAUCCACUCUUCGGGUCAAAGCUUUGAACAGUUGAGGCAGGGUUGCCUGCAGUCGAGAACCUUGUUUGAAGAUGCAGACUUCCCUGCCAGCAACAGUUCCCUGUUCUACAGUGAGAGGCCCCAGGUCCCCUUUGUGUGGAAACGACCAGGGGAAAUUGUGCAAAACCCAGAAUUCAUUCUUGGAGGAGCCACCAGGACUGACAUCUGCCAAGGGGAGCUGGGAGACUGCUGGCUCCUGGCAGCCAUUGCCUCCCUAACCCUCAACCAGAAAGCACUGGCCAGGGUGGUUCCCCAGGACCAAGGCUUUGGCUCUGGCUAUGCUGGGAUAUUUCACUUCCAGUUCUGGCAGCACAGCGAGUGGCUGGAUGUCGUGAUCGAUGACCGCCUGCCCACCUUCAGGGACCGCCUGGUCUUCCUCCAUUCUGCUGACCACAAUGAGUUCUGGAGUGCACUGCUGGAGAAAGCCUACGCCAAGCUUAACGGGAGUUAUGAGGCACUGAAGGGGGGCAGCACCAUGGAGGCCAUGGAAGACUUCACUGGGGGUGUGGCCGAGACCUUCCAAAUGCGAGAAGCACCUGAGGACUUCUAUGAUAUUCUGGAGAAGGCCUUGAAGCGUGGUUCCUUGCUGGGCUGCUCCAUAGAUAUCCUGGAUGCCUCUGAAUCUGAAGCCCGCACACCUUUUGGUCUCAUUAAGGGCCAUGCCUACACUGUGACCGGGCUGGACCAGGUAAACUUCCAAGGCCGGAGAAUCAAGCUCAUCAGAGUCCGAAACCCUUGGGGCCAGGUGGAGUGGACUGGGCGCUGGAGCGACAGCUCCCUCGAGUGGCGCUCUGUGAACCUGGAGGAGCAGAAGCGCCUGGGUCACUCUGCUCUUGACGAUGGAGAGUUUUGGAUGGCAUUUGAGGACUUCAAGGCCCAUUUUGACAAAGUGGAGAUCUGCAACCUCACACCUGAUGCCCUGGAAGACAAUGCCCUCCACAAAUGGGAGGUGACCGUCCACCAAGGAAGCUGGGUUCGUGGCUCCACGGCUGGUGGCUGCCGCAACUUCCUGGACACCUUCUGGACCAACCCACAGAUAAAGCUGUCCCUGACCGAGAGGGAUGAGGGCCAGGAGGGCUGCACUUUCCUAGCUGCCUUGAUGCAGAAAGACCGCAGGAAGCUCAAGAGGUUUGGCGCCAACAUGCUGACCAUUGGCUACGCCAUUUACCAGUGUCCAGACACGGACCAGGACCAGAAUGGACACCUGAGUAGGGACUUUUUCAGGUACCACGCCUCCCUGGCCCGAAGCAAGACGUUCAUCAACUUGAGAGAAGUGUCGGGUCGCUUCCAGCUGCCCCUGGGAGACUAUGUUCUCAUCCCCAGCACCUUUGAGCCACACCAGGAGGCUGACUUCUGCCUGAGAAUCUUCUCUGAGAAGAGAGCAGUUACUCGGGACCUGGAUGAGAACGUAGACAUUGAUCUUCCUGAGCCCCCAAAGCCAACUCCACAGGAGGAGGAAACAGAGGAGGAGCGGCAGUUCCGGGCCCUGUUCCAGCGAAUUGCUGGUGAGGACAUGGAGGUGUCUGCUGAGGAACUUGAGUAUGUUUUAAAUGCUGUUCUGCAAAAGAAAACAGCCCUCAAGUUCAAGAAGCUGAGCCUGCUGUCCUGCAGAAACAUCAUCUCUCUGAUGGACACCAGUGGCAAUGGGAAGUUGGAGUUUGAAGAGUUCCGGGUGUUCUGGGACAAGCUGAAGCACUGGAUGAACCUGUUUCUCCAGUUCGAUGUGGACAAGUCUGGCACCAUGUCUUCCUAUGAGCUGCGGACGGCGCUGAAAGCUGCAGGCUUUCAGCUGAGUGGCCAUCUCCUGCAGCUGAUCAUCCUCAGGUACGCAGACGAGAGCCUCCAGCUGGACUUUGAUGACUACCUCAACUGCCUGGUGCGGCUGGAGAAUGCAAGCCGGGUGUUCCAGGCUCUCAGAAUAAAGAACAAAGACACCAUUCAUCUCAACAUAAACGAGGUAUGGCCAAGCGGACCCCAGCCAGGGCCCAGCAGGGCUAACACUCACAGUGGGCGAUUACACAGCGUAGAGGCUGGUGUUUCCGUUUGCUGGGCAGUCGUUAGGAUCCGUGCUGCUAUCCUUUGAGCUGCGGGUGUCUUUGUUGUGCUCAUGUCUGCUCAUGCUAUGCCCAGGGAAGCACAUGUGGGGGAAACAGAACAUCCCAUGCAAACGUGAGCAAGCCUGGUAGGAAGAAGGGAAACGCUUCCGGCUGCUUCCGUAGCGGUCCACUUCCUCACAAAGAGCCUGAGCCGUCUGCCGGCCUCUCUUUCCCUCAGCUCCACUGUGGUAGAGCGUCACCUUUAUCUGAAAGGGGGAGGCUCACCAAAAAGCAAGAUGCCCUGCCCAAGAUGUGUGAGGCUGCCCCCUUCAACAGGGAGAAAAUAUUGUCAUCUCUCUGUCCUGAAAGCUCAUUUAGCCUUUAAAAAAAGAUUCACCUGGCUGGGGAGAUAACUCUGUGUGCGAAGUGCCAGCUGUACAAACACGAGGACCCGAGUUGGAGCGCCCCCUCCGCGCCGCCAUUAUCAUGUAAAAAGUUGCCUUUGGUGGCACGUUCUGUAAUCCAAGCACUGGGGCCUGAGGCAGGUGGAUCUCUGGAGCUCAUUGGUCAGUAUGGGCAACUAGUGAGCUCCAAGUUCAAUGAGAGACCCUGUCUCAAAAUAUAAGGUAGGAAGGAGAAUGCCUGAUAUCAACUUCUGGUCUGUAUGCAUGCCUACAUACAUAAAAUAUUAUAUGCUUUAAUUUAUAUAAAUCAAAGAACACCUGCCAAAUUUGUUUUAAUUUAAAUAUUUAAAAAAUGGUUUCAUGUUGAGUCAGAAGUACAGAUUUGUAGGGAAAAUGAUCAGCAGAGAACGUGUGACAUAAACUGAGGCCACUCCCGUGCUAGACCGGACUUGGAAGGGCAAGCUCUUGUCUCUCUCUCU